AUGGCCGCCAUCAAAGAGUAUGCAAAGAAUGAUGCGCGGGAGGAGAUAAGAGAGCCAUUGGUGAGGGUGGAUAAUAACUUGGAUGCUGGAGAUGGAUCAGGUCAUGGAAGCACCAAAGGGGAUCAGUGGAUGGUUUACCUCAGCACAUUCGUUGCAGUUUGUGGCUCUUAUGAAUUUGGAUGUGGUGUGGGUUAUUCAUCACCUACUCAGUCUGCCAUCAGGAAAGAUCUCAAUUUAUCAUUAGCAGAGUAUUCAAUGUUUGGCUCCAUUUUGACAUUUGGUGCAAUGAUAGGUGCUAUCACAAUUGGCCCCAUCACAGAUUUUCUUGGUCGAAAAGGGGCCUUGAGAAUGUCCUGUGUUUUUUGUGUUGCAGGUUGGCUUGCUAUUUACUUUUCCAAGGGGGCUUUGUCUCUGGACAUUGGGAGACUGGCAACAGGGUACGGUAGCGGUGCCUUUUCAUACAUUGUACCUGUUUUCAUAGCUGAAAUUGCACCUAAAAAUCUUCGAGGAAGACUAACUGCUAUAAACCAGUUAAUGAUCGUUACCGGAGUGUCUGUCUCCUUCAUAAUUGGGGUAGUAGUCAGUUGGAGGGCUUUAGCAAUAAUUGGAAUUGUUCCCUGCGCUGUGAUCAUUUUUGGUCUCUUUUUCAUUCCUGAGUCUCCAAGAUGGUUGGCAAAGACAGGACGCCAGAGAGAUUUUGAAGUUGCACUGCAGAAACUUCGUGGCAAAGAUGCUGACAUAUCUCACGAAGCAGCAGAAAUCCAGGAAUAUAUAGCCUCUCUUGACCUGCUCCCUCAAGCCAAAUUGCUGGAUUUGUUUCAAAGAAGAUACUUGCGCUCAGUCAUUAUUGCAGUUGGGUUGAUGGUCUGUCAACAAUUGGGGGGAAUCAAUGGGGUCUGUUUCUAUGUCAGCAAUAUUUUUGAGCAAGCAGGCUUUUCUCCUAGACUUGGAACUAUAACCUACGCUAUUCUUCAGGUUGUGGUUACUGGCCUUGGCGCAGCCGUAAUGGAUAAAGCUGGAAGAAAGCCCCUAAUUUUGGCUUCUGCAUCAGGGUUGGUACUUGGCUGCGUCCUCAUUGCCACUUCAUUCUUUCUCAAGGUUCAUGGAUUGGCACUCAAGGCAUCUCCCAUCUUUGCGGUAGCCGGAAUAUUGAUCUUUAUAGGAUCCUUUUCAAUAGGAAUGGGAGCAGUUCCUUGGGUUCUGAUGUCGGAGAUAUUCCCUAUAAACAUUAAAGGACAGGCUGGAAGCUUAACAACGUUAGUGAACUGGCUUGGUGCAUGGUUGUGUUCCUACACUUUCAAUUUUCUUAUGAGUUGGAGCUCCUACGGUACCUUCAUUCUCUAUGCAGUAGUAAAUGUUCUGUCUGUGUUGUUCGUGAUUGUGAUAGUACCUGAAACAAAAGGGAAAACCCUGGAACAAAUCCAAGGAGCCAUUAACAAAUAG